AUGCUUUUGGCAUGCAAAUAUGAGGAAGUUUCCGUUCCUGUCGUUUCGGAUCUAAUCCAUAUCUCUGACAAAGCUUACUCAAGGAAGGAAAUUCUCCAAAUGGAGAAGCUGAUGCUCAACACGCUGCAGUAUAACAUGUCUAUACCAACUGCAUAUGUUUUCAUGAGACAGUUUCUCAAGGCUGCUCAAGCUAACAAAAAACUUGAGAUGGUAGCUUUUUUCUUGGUAGAGCUGUCUCUGGUGGAUUAUGGGAUGCUGAAGUUUCCACCAUCCUUGGUGGCUGCUGCUGCAGUCUACACGGCUCAAUGCACUGUUAGCGGUUUCAAACACUUGAACAAAACCUGUGAAUGGCACACCAACUACUCGGAAGAUCAACUAUCAGAGUGCGCUAAGAUGAUGGUUGGGUUACACCAGAAAGCUAGAACAGGAAAGCUGACCGGAGUGCAUAGAAAGUACUGCGCGGCAAAAUUUAGCUUCACUGCGAAAUGCGAACCAGCUUGUUUUCUUCUUGAGAAUAACCAGCCAUAG